AUUGUGAGGGAGAUAAAUCAUCUCAUCCAACUCUCAGCAGGAAGGCAGCAAUUGAACACUUCUUUUAACAGGUUACAAUAAAACUGGAGAACUCACCGCUAAAAAUAUACUGCAACGUGUCUGUUACUACAACUAUAAAGAGCUUGAAGCGCAGAAGAGUUGCUUUUAAUGCCCAAUAAUCUACUCUGGUUUCAGAUUAGACCGACUCUGGAAGUGGGUUAAUGCUGCAGCCCGGUCAGGUGAUCACCUGACCCUUUAGCUUCACAGGUUAUUAACCUGCAGUGUCACUCCAUACCUAAAGAUCCACUGUGCUCUCCCACAUACCUCAGAGACGGACUUAUUUAAAUUAACUGAAUUGAUGUAACAAGGACACGAGCACAGGGGCUGGAACCCGUCCGAGCCGUCUGAGAGCAGGUAGCUGCAGAGGAGUAAGGCCUGUAAUCCUUAAAGAGGAUCAGGUCUGUGGGGGGGGGGGGGGGGAUGAAGGACCCACUGACCGUCUUCAGUAGCACGCGUUCACUGCUGUCAGCACCGACACGGGGAAAAUGAGUCCAUUUGAAUUGUGCUGAGAAGGAUGUCUUGAUCUGAAUGGGACGUGGACAGUGAUGGAGUCCGAGAGCCGGAGUAAUUUCCUUCAUGUUUUCUGAGUAUUUCUGAUCCGACUGAGAGGAGGACGAGUUUUGACGGCCAUGCCGGUGCUGGAGGUGACCUGCAGCCUCGUCGGCUGGUCCUGUCUCUACCUGCUGUUCUGCCGCACCUUCGCUCAGCAGGGGUCCGAGUGGAGCUGCCGGCUGGUCACUUUGUCCCACGGCAUCGUCAUAGUGAUGCUGACCGCGUACGUCCUCUUCAUCGAAGGGCCGUGGCCUUUCACACACGCAGGUACCGAAAACACGGAGCUGCAGACCUUCUCCCUGGCCGUCUGCCUGGGCUACUUCUUCUUCGACCUGGCCUGGUGCGUGCGUCACCACACCGAGGGCCCCGUCAUGCUGGCCCACCACGCCGCCUCCAUCGCGGGCAUGCUGCUGGCGCUGCUCAUGGGGGUGUCCGCCUGCGAGACCUGCGGCGUCAUCUUCGGCAGCGAGAUCACCAACCCGCUGCUGCAGGCCCGCUGGUUCCUGCGGCGCCUGGGCCGCUACGACAGCGCGCUGGGCGACGCCGUGGACCUGCUCUUCGUCUCGCUGUUCGCCGCCGUGCGCGUCGGCGUCGGCGGGUUCAUGUUCUACUGCGAGCUGACGUCGCCCAGGACCACGCUGGUCAUGAAGCUGGGCGGCGUGGGCAUGUACGCGCUGGCCUGGGUGUUCAUGGUGGACAUCGCCCGCUUCGGCUACAGGAAGAGCCGGGCAAAGUACGACAGGUGGCGUGGGGCCCGCGGGUCGAGGGGAGGAGGAGGAGGGGACCACCCGCUGGGGGCCGCCGACGCGCAGAAGAGAGACUGAAGGAAGGAGGUUCUACGUCAGCACCCACCUUAACGCUGCAGGGACAUUCAACCAAACCCUUCGUACGCCAUUAAGGCUGCAUUUUACUUUGGAUCAUUGAUUGCAACAUGAAUAUUAAACUUUCUUUACUUCCUUUAUGCUAAUGCAUAUACCCGGUAUCCAAACGAUUGUUAAAACUAUGUUACGGUAAGGGAGGCUAAUUGUUUUUCAGAAGGCGUGCCCACAUCCACCCUCAUGCUUCAU